AUGCUCACCUGUUGGCGAACGAUUGCAGAGGAUCGGCCUAGAUUUGGUCAACUGGCCACAAAGUUGGAAGCCUUAGGUGGUACAGAUGGUCAACAACAUAUCAUCCUGAAAGCAGGAUUGGCGCCGGAUAGACGGCUAAAAGACGAGGCGGGUAAAGAUUGCAGAGGCAAUAAGACCAACACAGACGGUCAUCAUCUGCUCUUUUCUUCCUCUUCUUUUCCCCAGUCUCCUUCUCCACCUCUUCAUCUUCCUCAUACUCAUUCCUCUUCUCAUUUAUUGUUUCCUGAUCCCGACAUUUUACCUUCUUUUUCUUCUCCCUUUCCUUCUCCCCCGCCUUUCUCUCCUUGUCAUUCUGAACCUACGUCUUCCGCUGCCUUUUCGCCAAGCGAUUCCCCACCCUCUUCUUUUUCUUCUUCUUCUUCUUCUCCUCCUUCACCCAAUGCUCCUUUACUGUUCUCUUCUAAUUCUUCGUCUUUGAUAGAAGAAGAAGAAGAAAGAAGAAGAAGAAGAAGAAGAAGAAGAAGAAUCUAUCCAUAUCUCUCUUUCUCUCUCUCUCUCUUGGUGUAUGUCCGUAUAUUUUUCACUGUUUCUGCCCGCACUUCUCGUUAUGUCUAUAAAUAUAUCCCUCUCUCUGUAAUUCCUAAUCACUUUCUCUCUCUCUCUAACUGUAUAUCAUUCUCUGUUUCUGUCCGUAUCUACCUCUGUAUUUCCUUAUCCCCCUCUCUCUCUUUGCAUCAUUCUGUAUUUCUUUCUCACGCAUCUGCUGCGAACGCAUAUCAAUACAUAUUAGUGCAAACCAGUAUUUCUUUCUUUCUUUCUUUCUUUCUUUCUUUCUUUCUUUCUUUCUUUCUUUCUUUCAAUCAGAUCCCUCUCUUCCUCUCUCUCUCUCUUUCUCUCUCUCUCUCUUUCUCUCUCUUCCUCUCGCUCUUUUUUCUCUCUCUUUCUUUCUUUCUUUCUCUCUCUCUCUCUCUCUAUAUAUAUAUAUAUAUAUUUCUUCUUCCUUUUCCUCCUCCUCCCAUUCUUCUUCUUCUUCCUUUUUUUCUUCCUUCUCCUCCUCCUUACUUCUCUUUCUUCUUUCUUCUCCUCCUUACUUCUCCUCUUUCUUCCUUCUCCUCCUCCUUCUUACUGCCCCUCCUCUCCUUUCUUUUCCUUUUCUUCCUUCUGCUUCAUCUUUUUCUUCUUACCAUUUUUCUUCAUCCUGCUUUUUCUUUCUCCUCCUUCGCCUUCUUCCUUCUUUUACGUCUUUCUUCUUCUUCUUCUUCUUCUUCUUCUUCUUCUUCUUCUUCUUCUUCUUCUUCUUCUUCUUCUUCCCGCCUUUACACGAGAAACCAAGAACACAAGUCAAUAAACAAGCAAACAAAUGAAGCAUCGUUUAUGAUAAUUUUUCCGCGGGAAACGUUCGUGAGUUGGGUUGGGAGUAUCUGUUCGGGGGCAGGAGGGAGGAGGUUACGGCGCGAGGAUGUCUGA